GAGAGGACUGCACACCACGCCGUGUACCUCGUACAGCAGCUCUGUCGCUCUGGUCACCAACCGCGUCGUGUGCACCUUCCUGCUGAGGUUGUCUCAUCCAGUUCCACACGGUGUUACUCGGGCGACUCCCUGUCACGCUUGGGUUUGCAUUUCCGUCCGCCCGCUGCUGGGUACUCGCAAACAGAGCACGCGCUCUGCAAUUCGGUGCCCUGCAACAUGGCCAUGAACGUCACCUCAGCUGUGCGCUUCUAUGUCGACAAAAUUGUCUCCGAUCCCAAGAUAUCAGGUAUGAAGGUCCUGCUACUUGAUGCAGUGACUACCCAAGUUGUGGCAAUGGUAUACUCGCAGUCGCAAAUCCUCGAAAAGGAAGUCUACCUGGUGGAAAGGAUGGACGCGGAUCACGAACCGAUGCAGCACCUCAAGGCGGUUUACUUCAUCCGGCCAACAAAGGAGAACAUCCAGACGCUUUGCGCGGAGAUCUCCAAACCGCGGUUCUUGGAGUACCACGUAUUCUUCUGUAGUAUCUGUCCCAAUGAACUACUACAGCAGCUGGCCGCUGCUGACGAGCACGAAGUUGUUCGUCAGGUACACGAGUACUACGCGGAGUUCUGCGCCGUGAACGAGGACUUCUUCUCCGCCAAUUGCCCGGAUACUCUACAGCUAGCCUUGCCCAGGCCCCCGGCAGCUGCCAAGAAACUCCUCUCGCGCAACAGAGAUGCUGUUCUGUCGGUGCUUCUCGCGCUCAAGAAGAAGCCGUCUACCAUUAGAUAUGCGGGUUCGUCCUCGACCGCCCGCGAGCUGGCCAUGGAUAUCUCAGCUCAGAUUCAGGCCGAUCAGAUCUUCGACUUUCGGCGACAGCAAGGACCCGUCUUGCUGAUCUUGGAUCGCCGUGACGACCCAGUGACUCCGUUACUUUCGCAAUGGACAUACCAAGCGAUGGUUCACGAGCUCUUGGGGCUCAACGACAACCGAGUGGUUCUCAAGGGGGCACCGGGAGUGCGGAAAGAUCUCGAAGAGGUAGUUCUUUCCUGCACACAGGACGACUUCUUCGCGAAAAACCGCUUUUCUAACUUCGGAGAUCUAGGAGUGGCGGUGAAAAAUCUGAUGGAUGAGUACCAGAAGGCGACGCGAUUGAACGAAAACAUCAACAGCAUUGAAGACAUGCAGGCGUUUCUCGAGCGGUAUCCUGCAUUCCGGUCGCAGUCACUCAACGUGUCCAAGCACGUGGCUGUCUUGAGCGAGCUGGCUCGCCUCGUAGACGUCUAUCACCUUCUGGACGUCAGCCAAUUCGAGCAAGAGCUGGCUUGUGCAGACGACCACGUAUUGCACUACCGCGAGCUUAUGGAGAAGCUCACCAGUUCAAGGAUUAAGGCGCCGGACAAACUGCGCCUGGCGAUGCUGUACGCGCUGCGCUACGAGGACAUGGGUAACCUUCGCGCAGUGAAGUCGCGUCUCCUUGAUUCCGGGCUAACUCCGGAGAAGGUGGACCUACUGGAUGCUCUCUUGCAAUACUCAGGAAACGCAGCACGGGGACCUGGCCUCUUCGGUCAAGACAACCUCAUGUCCAAACUGGGCAAGCAGAUCACCACCACCCUCCAGGGGGUCGAGAACGUGUACGCUCAGCACGUGCCGCUGAUGAUGACUGCGGUCGAAGCAGCUCUCAAAGGGAAGCUCAAGGAUAGCGUCUACCCUGCUGUCGGGCCGUCUGGUGGCAAAUCUCAGGAGGUCAUCGUGUUCAUGGUAGGGGGAGUGACGUACGAGGAAGCCUGCAAGGUUGCCGAGCUCAACGCUUCUCUGCCGUCCGGGAAUGUUGUCCUUGGGGGAUCGUUUGUGCACAACAGCACCUCUUUUCUUGAAGAGUUGAACUUGAGCUUUGGUCCAGCUAGCCAAGAGCGAGGUCUGGGUGCGUUUAGGUGA